UUCGACCUGGACAAUACCCUGAUGGAGACGAGGAAGGCGGACAGUCAGACUUGCCGCAAGUGUAGAUGUAGGCGCGAGAAAAGGUGCAGAAAAGUGCAGCUAAAAUCUGCCAAGUACAAAGUUCGCUGACAAAGUUCACCGCUUGCGAAAAAAAAAAAAAAAAAAAAACAAGCUAUUUUAAGAUCGAAGAGAUCGAUUGUCUGUCGUGACGUCAGAAACUAUCGUUCCUCUAUGGGCGAGUAAUCGAUUCUCGAAAGACACGUGAGGUGUCCUCCAGAACAGUCAUAUUCAUUUUGAGGUUAUUCGUCGAGAUCGGAAUAUCCUCCCGACAGCGGAAACUUCAAAGGAAUACUUUGACAGAUGGGAGCAACUGCGCGCUCCACGUGCACGCGAUUGGUCGGACGGGUUAUUUUCGGCCUGCGGUGAGUGUGUCAAAGGGCAAGGCUAGGAAGGGGAGUCCGGGAGCUCUGCCAGUUGGCUCCCGACUAUGCUACGCGCCGGAUGACAGCCGGUGACGCUCGUCCAGAGAACGACAGACGUCGAGAGACAUCGUCGAUGAGCCUGGAACAGUGAUAUAGAAAUAAUCGUCAGGUUUGGACGCGGAACGCAGACGUACGUCUUCGUCUUGUUCCUUUCUUCUUUCUAUCUCUGCACCUUGUAAUAUAUAAUCCAACUUACGCUAUGAGUAUUCCCGAGGGCGUUGCGAAAUGCGUGGCCGUGCUGAAGGCGGUGGACACGGACUCGGAGAAGUUCGCCGCGCUGUUUAUGGUCACCAAGCUGGUGGACGGCAAGGAUUGCACCCCGGCCGCCAAAAGGAUGCUCUUCGAGGCCAUCGGGGCCAAGUUCCUCAGGAAGUUGCUGUCUACGAAGAGCGUGCCCGUGGAUUGUCCGCCGCAGGUGUACAAAUCCGUGGCGCUGUCCGUUCUCUCGGCGUUCUGCCGGGAACCCGAGCUGGCCUCUCAUCCGGAUAUGGUGGGAAACAUUCCGGCUCUCCUGGAGAUAGUGUCGCAGGCUGACGAGGACGCGCCGGACGACAUGUUGAUCAUCGUCAGCGAGGCCUACACCUGCUUGCAGUGCAUCGCCCAACAGCCUCCCGGACAGAAGGCGUUGCUCGAACAAAAAGCAAUCCCGAAGAUGUGCGAGAUUUACGAGGAGAAGAGCUUCCAGACAGACGAGGCGUUGAACAUCCUCGUCACUUUGGUCAAUACUUUUGGACCAGAAGCCUGGGACUCGACGGACACCGCACCUUUCCACACGAUUAUGAAUAAGAUAGCUUUGGACUUCGAAACUGAUCAUACGGAGAGGAAAUUCGAACUGUGUAUCAUUUUGCAGGCUCUGUUACAAUCUUGCAGAAAGGAAGUGAUCUCUUUCGCAACGGCGAAGGAGGAAUCUUGGCCGCUGAGUAUUCAUAAGGGUCUGAGCGAUAUUCUAGGAUCGAAAAUAAGCAAGAAGCAGCGUGAUCCAGCCUUGAAACUCACGUCUGUGAUGAUGGAUUUGCUGGGAGCAGAUUGGGCCAUGAUGGAUAAGGAUAAACCAAAGAUUUACUUUUUAUUGCUCAUUCAGUUAGCAUCGAUCGAGGUCAGGAUGCAGUUGGAGGACAAACAAUUCAAGACUGUCGUCGACAACGCCGAUUUGAUCACGGCAUGUUUUAUCAUUCUCGAAGUUUCAAUCGGUUACAUCGUUACGGAUCAGCUGGAUUUAGAGCAGAAGGAAAAACAGUCAUUGUACACAGCUCUGAAGGGCGCCUUCGCGGCCGUCAUCGCUCUGCUGAACUCCGUGUCGAAGAUGAAGCCUUUGACGAAUGUGAAAGAUAAGAUCUUCGUAUGCGCUCUUGUCCGAGUGCUUACAGCUUGGCUGGCGCAGGAGACGAGUGCGAUGCGUCCUCAGGUUUACGCCGUCUUGCCAUACGUAUUGACAGUGGCCAACGAUACCUUUUAUGCGCAUCGAAACAGGAAGUUGGCCGAGAAGGCCAAGUCUAAAGCUAAAGCGGACGAAGGGACAUCAACCGGCGAACCGAUCGUUCACGAUCCGAUGAGCGAGGUCGACAUCCUGAGAUUGUUGUUACCUGCUUUAUGUUAUUUAGCUGUGGAAGAAAGCGCCAGGAAAAUUCUCCUUCAGCACAAGCAGGACGAGGUCUUAUUCGAGUGCUUGUCUUAUCACUGGACCAUCGUGCACUAUAAGAGGCCCCCGGUGCCGAGAUCGGAGCGUCUGAAGCUUCUGCAGGAUGGUAAUCGCACGGAGGAACUGGAUUUGCAUCUUCUGGAGGAAAUGAAGGACUCGAGAACCGCGAUGGUGUCUAUUUGUAACGUCCUGAUGAACAUCACCGUGCUAGAGUCCAAGUUGGUGGAGGAGUCGCCGACGUUCAUCUCUCUGUUAAAGUUCAUCUACAACAAUCUGCCAGAGUUGAAACAGAUCCCGGAGAAUCUCGUGCUGCACGGUCAUCUGGCGGUCCUAGGUCUGUUGCUGAUGAAGCAGCAGGCGAAACGUAUUAAAAAGAAUGACUUCUCGAUAUGUCGUUACAUUCAGGCCACUAUAAGAUUCCUAUGGGACGCGUACAUCAUCGAUGAGAGCAACGAUCCCACCGAGCUAGUGGUCUCCAUGUCGUACAAGGAACACUGGAUGGAGUUGAUGGAGCUCUGGUUUCUGGGUAUGCAGACGAUGGCUGGUGUGUUGCAAGUGAUACCUUGGCUGUCGCAGUUCACGGUGGAGUCCGGCUGGGCGGAGGACAUCAUCGAAACGCUGAAACGAGUGAAGAUCGGCGGUUUGGAGCCGAACGUCAAGUCCGCCUUCGAGGAUUUACUGUGCCACUUGGAGAAGGCCGACGAUAGCGUCGGGCCGGUGCUGAAAAAGAGCGGCGCGUUAGUAGUCUGCCGGAAUCAUCGCAUGAUGGAGCUUGGGAAACGUCUUUUCGGGGAUUAGACCCGAGAACUUAUAUUUAUCACGUAACUCUUUCUGAUUCUUAUAUCGAGCGAAUGAUGUAAAGAAAUUUUAUAUAAGCAUAUUGUAAGGAAUUGAUCAAUUGGAGAGACAGACGAACAGUUAAUUAAACUUUUGUAUAUACGAAAAAGUAGCUUUGUAAGUAUUUGCUUUUCUGAUAUUUUGCGACUUGAGUUUAUAUAUUGUAUCUACCCCCCGCAUAUGUGAUAUUCGAAAUACGUAUGCGCGCAUAGUCCAGUGUAAAUUUAGACGGCAUCACGUCUGGAAAUAGUUUCCUGGCAAGCAAGAAAGAGACGUCUCGUGUGACUUUAUAAAAUCGCGUUUAUACGAAAGAUAUACUUAUUUGAUUUUACAUGAUGCUUUACUUAUACUUUGCUUAUGAGGUGUAAUCAAGUAUAUACUUUUUUUUUAUUUUGCUGUGUACAUUGCGAAAAUUGUUUGUGUUGAUGUUAUACUUAAUUUCAAAAUGCUUCAAUGCCAAGAGAUUUUGUAAUGACAGAAAAACACUUUCCUAUUAAAUAGAAGAAUUUUGUAAACA